AUGGACGGAGGUGUUACCAUUGUUGCUGUCUUUGAAGUCCCCAUCGAACAUUCGGUGCUACUAGGAGGAGAAACUCUUACCUGGCGUGCCAUCACGCACAGCGACCAGACUUUGACAGAGACUACCACAGGUCUUCGAACAUCAUAUUUGUACUGGGAAGCAGCUCCCAUUAGAACUGGCCACUGCGAACGGCCUCCCUCUCCCUCACCAGAGAAAUCCGAGUCUUCUCCUGCAAGGAACUUCAGUCCUAUAUGGUGUGACCUCAGUGACGACGAUUCUGUCGUCCUUCCCGUUUGUACCAUCACGCUCUACUUGGACAAAGUCCUCGCUUCACUAGGACUUCAUGUAGAAGCGCGAACCUCUUUCAUCACGUAUUGGCUUCCCUCUAUCCUGAAGCACACUCAUGUCGCCCUGCGAUUUGUUCCCCAAAAUGAAUAUGAAACCGCAACGCCUCUCCAUAUUAAACCAUCGCCGGAUGUUGUGACACGCAUCUUUAUGUUGUUUAAAGGCAUUUCCGAGGAUCGGUUAGGUGGGUGGUCUGGGGCCAUCUCACGAUCUCAGGAUGGCGUGGAGUGGUGGAGAGACGUUGUGGGGCUAAUUUCAGAGGAGCGUCAAAGUAACGAGAAGCUGUUCAGAGUGUUGGAAUGGGAGGGAAUGGAGGUGAAGAGACUGUAAAUGAGAUUUAUUAGUAUUUGUUACAUAUAUACAUGCAAGUCCUGCUAUCCUUCCCUUUUUGCGGGGCGACAGUACAUAAUUCU